AUGAAGCUCACCCUGGUAGCCGCCCUGUGCGGACUGGCCCUUGCCGCUUAUUCGCCCCUCCGCGGCGUCGACCAGAGAUGGUUCGCCCAGGAGAAAGAGUUCGUCUACGGCUGGGACUCCCAGCUGGCCACCGGACUUCCGGAAACGAUCCGCUCCGCCUCGCGCCUGACCGCCACCGACUUCUUCGAGCCGGUGGAGAUCACCGAGGAGCAGCGCCGUGCCCUCGAGCUCCCCCUGCGCUUCCGCUUCGAGUCGGGAUUCUCCGUCUCCGAGCUCGAGUUCGACGAGCAGGACCCCACCUGGUCCCGCAACCUCAAGCGCGCCGCCCUCAACAUGCUGCACCUGAGCCGCAACCAGGAGAACAGCCGCGAGGACGAGACCGAGAAGAACUACCGUCUCCAGGAGACUACCCUCGAGGGAGUCUGCGAUGUCGUCUACACCAAGAUCGACGGAGUCAGCGAGUCUGAGGAGCGCACCGAGGAGGAGGAGACCGUCUACACCAAGUCGAUCGACUUCGCCAAGUGCAGCCGCCGUCCCCACGCCGUCUACAACGUCCGCCUGAGCGACGAGUGCCGCGAGUGCGACGUCCACGUCAACAAGAUCAACAAGGCCCUCCCCGAGCAGCAGCAGAACACCGUGAUGCGCUUCCGCGUCCUCGGCUCGUCUGAGCGCUUCCUGAUCCGCGAGGUCGAGCUGUCCUCCAAGUACGUCUACGCCCCCAUCUCCGACGAGCAGCCGCUCAUCAACACCGAGGUGGGUAACGAGACGGUCGUCGCCAAGAUGACCCUGCUCGAGUCGGGUGAGCUGAAGACCCGCAUGCCCACGAUCUCCGCCGCCAAGAAGACGUCCCUGAUGCACUCCAACCACAUCGGCCGCGCCCUCGAGAAGUGGGCCAUGACCGGCGAGGAGAAGUACCUCAAGGAGUCCCAGAAGGGAGGAGACUACGAGCAGGUUGAGGCCGCCAAGAAGACGCUCAAGGAGCUCGAGCAGCUCGUCCGCGAGAAAGUCGAGGUCGAGAGCACCCACAUGUUCUCCCGCCUGGUCAUGAUCCUCCGCCGCUGCACCUACAAGCAGAUCGAGCAGAUCCACCGCGAGGCCAACAAGAUGGAGGAGACGAUCUCCACCCUUCUGAUCGAUGCCGUCGCCGAGGCCGGCACCAAGUCGUGCGUUGACUACAUCAUCAAGCUCACCAUCAACGAGGAGAUCACCCCCCUCCGCGCUUCGUACCUGAUGAAGACCCUCUCCACCAUGCGUCUGCCCUCCGAGCAGAUCAUCGACGAGCUGAACCGCCUGGUCAAGGACUCCGUCUGCCAGAAGAACGCCGUCCUCGAGCAGUCCAUCCGCCUCACCCAGGGCGUGCUCAUCAACGGCCUCUGCGGCACCAACAAGGACAAGUGGGCCCACGAGCGCGAUGAGGUUUGCCCCCGCGAGCUGAAGGAGAAGCUCAUCGACGAGCUCCGCCGCCAGUACACCAAGGCCACCACCCGCUACGAGAAGACGCUCGCGCUGAAGACGAUCGCCAACGCCGGACUCGAGAUGUCCGUCAACAUGCUCGAGAAGAUCAUCUUCGACCGCUCUGAGGAGCCCACCAUCCGCAUGCAGGCCAUCGACUCUCUGCGUCUCCUGCGCACCCUCAUCCCCCGCCGCGUCGCCCUCACCCUGAUGCCCGUCAUCAAGAGCCGCGCCGAGCCCAGUGAGCUCCGUAUCACCGCCCUGUACCACCUGAUCCACUCGCAGCCCGAGCGCCAGGUCCUCGAGCAGAUCGCCGACCUCAUCAACCGCGAUUCGAACGUCCACGUUGCCGCCUAUGCCUACUCCAUGCUCAAGCAGACCGCCCGCUCCGAGAACCCGUGCGAGAAGGAGCUGCGCCAGCGCUGCGAGCUUACCCUCCGCCUGGUCAACACCGACGUCAAGUUCCGUUGCCAGCAGACCCUCCUCUCCUCCGGCUCUAUCGAGCUCUCCAGCGUCUUCUCCAACAACUCCAUGCUCCCCAAGGAGCUGAUGGCCUCCGUCGAUGCUCUCUUCGCCGGACACUGGAACAAGAACUUCCUCCAGAUUGGCGCCACCCAGAAGGGACUCGACCGCGUCCUCCGCAACGUUCUCCCCAAGGUCGCCUCCAUCCGCUCCAUCGAUGAUGUCGUCACCCGCGGAAAGCGCUCCAUCUUCGAGUCGCCCAAGCAGAUGCUCCAGGGACUCUUCGAGAAGCUGAACAUCGUCUCCCGCCCCCACUCCGAGUCGGCCGAGCAGGACCCCCACGCCGUCGUCUACAUCCGCUACCGCAACAUGGACUACGCCCUCAUCCCCGUCGAGGAGGAGGUCAUCACCCAGUGGCUGAAGAACGCCGUCUCCGGCGACAAGCUGUCUCUCGGAGAGCUCGAGCGUGUCCUUGCCCAGGGCACCGACCUCAAGAUCAAGACCGCCUCCAUGCUCUACGAGAUCUCCCGCGUCAUCCCGACCACCUUCGGUAUGCCCGUCAAGAUCAACACCAAGAUGCCCCUCGUCGCCUCCGUCGAACUCCGCGCCAAGGCCGACCUCCUACCCAAGAGCGAGUCUCGCCGUCUGGAGGGUGUCGAGGUCACGAUCAAGGGAGAGCCCCAGCUGGCCCUCACCCACCUCACCCAAUCCAUGGUCCUCUCCCCCCUAGUCCACACUGGCCUCAAGCUCCAACAGUCCGUCCACCUCCGCCUGCCCGUUGAUGCUCAGAUCAAGGCCGAGUACCGCAACCAGAAGCUGACCGUCGAGACCCUGUUCAAGGCGCCGCGCGAGGAGAAGCUGCUCGUCAAGGUCCUCACCCGCCCCGCCACCUUCGUCCGCAAGGUCGCCACCGAGACCGAGAAGUACGCCGAGCCCCUCGAGAAGGCCAUCACCAUCCCCCGCUUCGAGCGCUUCAACAAGGAGAUUGACAACGUCUACGGCAAGGAGCUCUUCGGACUUGGCUUCCGCGUCGCCGGACACAUGCCCACCCAGUACGACAAGAAGAACCUGCUGCCGCUCGUCGCCUCCGAGAAGAUGAUCGAGAUCUACUCGGUCCCGUCCGAGGAGUCGCCCCGCGAGUACAAGAUCCGCUCCGAGACCGAGUUCUUCGUCGACGCCGCCCAGCCCGACUGGACCGUCUUCGACUCGUUCUUCACCAACGACAACCGCAAGCACUUCGCCGUCGAGCAGGUCUCCGAGGAGAGCUUCGAGGAGUCCGAGCGCGAGGAGCUGAUCAAGAAGAACACCCGCAAGUCUGGAGUCGAGGCCGUCUCCCACCGCACCAAGCUCUCCGUCGAGGCCCUCGGAGGAGAGAAGGAGCGCAAGGCUGAGCUCGAGCUGAAGGCCGUCUGCGAGAAGGAGUCGUUCUCCAAGUGCCACAUCCGCGUCACCGGCCGCCGUUCUCCCCUGAUGAAGGGCGAGCGCGAGGAGUGCAACGUUGAGGCCAACCUCUACACCAUGUACCCCGAGGAGGUCUCCUCCCUGACCGAGCUGAAGGAGCGCAAGCAGCGUGAGUUCCACGCCAUGCUCAAGGCCACCUUCGGAUGCGCCAAGACCAACGAGGUCGUUCUCAAGCUGCAGGGCGAGCAGAACAAGGAGAUGAAGAAGUGGAUCUCCCUCGUCGACAAGGCCACCCGCGCCGAGCUGGACAGCUUCAAGCUGCUCAAAGAGGCCGGCUACCUGAACCAGUACAAGCUGGACGCCGAGUACAACCUCGACAAGCAGUACGAGCACGCCAUCGAGCAGGUCUUCCAACUGCUCAAGGUCUGGAACUUCUGGAGCACCGACGUCGAGAUGAAGACCAGCCAGGCCGGCCGUGUCUCUGUCCUCCUUGAGGUUGAGCCCGAGAACCGCCGCUACAUCAACCUGACCAUCAACACCCCGGAGAACAAGGUGCGCAUGGAGUCUAUCCGUAUGCCGUACCGUCUGCCCCUCCUCAACCUGUUCCACCCGGUCGAGGUCCGCUCCUACAAGGUCCACGAGCUGAACCGCGACCACUGCGAGGUCCGCUCCGAAAAGAUCCGCACCUUCGAUGACGUUCUCUUCAAGAACCCGCUGACCACCUGCUACUCGGUCGUCGCCAAGGACUGCUCUGAGGAGCGCACCUUCGCCGUCCUGGUCAAGAAGGUCGGCCGCAACGGAGAGGAGAAGAAGCUGAAGAUCGUCGACAACGAGAAGUCGAUCGAGCUGUUCCUGGAGGACGGUGAGAUGCGCUUCGUCGUCAACGGAAAGAACGUGCGCGAGGAGUCGAUCGCCAAGCACGACAUCGUCAAGCUGGCCGACCGCGUCUACAAGGUUGAUCUGGAGAAGCUGUCCGUCCGCUUCGACGGUCGCGUCGUCCGCGUCGAGUUGUCGCAGGAGCUGAAGGGCCGCCAGUGCGGACUCUGCGGCCACUACGAUGAUGACCGCCACGACGAGUUCCGCGGUGCCGACAACAAGCACACCGACGACCUCGAGGAGUUCCAGCGCUCGUACUUUGCCCGCGAUCAGGAGUGCGAGAUCGAGGAGGAGAAGAUCUCCGAGAAGAAGAACUACGGCCGCAUGGACCAGUCGUCUUCUGAGGAGAUGGAGGCCUUCGACGAGGUCGAGCUGUCCCGCGCCAUGUCCGAGGAGGAGGAGCCCAUCGAGCGCCAGCAGAUGAUCGAGUACUCGCAGAAGACGUGCUUCUCCCGCACCGCCAUCAAGGAGUGCCCCCGUGGCGAGCCGUUCAAGGCCGAGAAGGUCACCCUCCGCUUCGUCUGCUUCCCCCGCGAGUCCAAGGAGGCCCGCCGCUUCACCAGGGAGAUCCGCCGUGACUUCGUCUCGCUCGAGCAGUACGACGACUCGUUCACCCAGCCCGCCAAGUCGGCCCUCAAGUGCCGCGCC